GAAAUGUCCUUGAGUGGCAACACGAGCCAGUCUUCUCCGUCAACAACAGCUCUGCCUCUGUCCUUCAACAGCACCACCUCUCCACCAUCCCUGCCGUGGGAGGAGGGACGAAGCAGUCAUGAGUCUUUGCAAGAGUUGCCAGGGAAUCAGAAUCAGCUCCUCUCAGACCUCUCUGUGCUCGGGCAUGAUGAGCAGUGCCAUAUGUCACCUGUCCUCACAGCGUUUCUGGUAGUGUGGUACAGCAUUACAAUGGUGCUGGGGCUGGUGGGGAACAUUGGUCUAAUCUCCAUCAUCGCACGUCGCAAAGAAAAAGCCAAUGUCACCAGUAUUUUCAUUUGUAACCUGUCAUUCUCUGACAUUCUGGUGUGUGUCUUCUGCCUGCCCUUCACUGUCAUAUACACCCUCAUGGACCAUUGGAUGUUUGGCUCACUGUUAUGUCGGCUGGUGCCGUUCAUCCAGUGUGUGUCUGUCACCGUGUCAGUGCUGUCUCUGGUGUUCAUCGCUCUGGAAAGACAUCAGCUCAUCGUAAACCCCUCUGGGUGGAAACCUAGCAUUCCUCAAGCCUAUGUGGCAGUCGUUGUCAUCUGGAUUCUGGCGUGCUUCACUUCCUCGCCAUUCUUGGCCUUUCAGUUACUCACAAGCGAGCCCUACACCAAUGUACUCCUGCCACAGUCUCCUCUUUAUCACCAAGCCUCUCCUCAGGAUUAUCUCAACACAUCUCCAUCACAACCUGCCUCCCACACAUACAAAAACUCAUCUGUGCCUCUAUUUUCCUAUGUCCCCACCCCUCCACUUAUGGAGGCAUGUCUGGAGCACUGGCCAUCCCAGCAGCAGAGGCUUGCAUAUACUACAUGGCUCCUGCUGUUCCAGUACUGUGGGCCACUAACACUUGUCCUGCUCUGUUAUGUUAGAGUGUUUGUCCGCCUGCGCCAACGUAAAGAAAUGCUGGACCGUGCCAGAACCCCAGAGAGUCAGCACAUGACCCACAGCCGCCGAAUCAACAUCAUGCUGGUUGCCCUGAUAACAGCAUUUGCUCUUUGCUGGCUGCCGCUCACCAUCUUCAAUGUGGUGUCAGACUGGAACCAGGAUGCCCUGCCUAUCUGCCACCACAACCUGCUGUUCUCCCUAUGCCACCUGCUGGCCAUGUCCUCCACCUGCAUCAACCCCAUCAUCUAUGGCUUUCUCAACUACAAUUUCCGGCAGGAGGUCAGAGGGGUUCUCCUGCACUGCCGCUGCCACUCUCUUGAAGAAGAGUGUGAGCGUUUUCCCAUGUCUACUGUGCACAUGGAAGUGUCCCGCACCUCAGUGCCUCUCAACUGCAGGAGCAACUCUGUUUGA